AUGUCAAUUUAUUGGGUGGUCACACUCAACUCCAGCUUCAACUACCACCUAUUAUCUACCGCUGAGGAAGAUGAUGGAGAGCAGAAGAAUUCAAUUCUAUCUUCAUCAUUGGAUCAGCAAUCUCCACACGAAGAAGAACAUGAUCAGAGGAACGAUUCAUCAUCCUCCUCCUCAUCAUCAUCAUCACUGGUCAAACCAUUGUUGUGUGGUAGACCUGCUCUGGAUUUUACAUUGGAUGAGGAGCAACACAGCCUAGCUGUAUGGGCCAAAGACUGCAUCAAAGAAGGUAAGAUUGAUCGAAUCAUUGAUCCAUGUUUGAGGGGGAAAAUCACAGCUAAUUGUCUGAAGGAAUUUGGGAGAAUUGCAUCUGAAUGCAUCCUUACUCGUUCAAAGGAUCGACCCACAAUGACUAAGGUAGUGGCUCGGCUUGAAUUUGUGUUAACUUUGGCGUCACAAAAACGCGGUGGGGCAACAAUUGCUGAAAAGGUGUGGUCGUUGUUCCCUCUCAAAAUUCCAGUAAAUGGUAAAAAUUACAGACUUAGAAAAAAGUGGAGCGAUUACAACAAAAGUAAACGGAUCAUACUAGACAAAGAUAUGACAGAAGGGAGCAAUGAAGGUAAAGAUAACAGUGUCAUUGUAGUAGACCCCACUAAGCCAGCAGCAGAGGGGAGCAAUGGCACUAUAAACAAACGUGUCAUAACGGAAGAACCCAUUAUGACUGCAGAAGAAAGAAGCAGCAACUGUAUGAAAGAAGGUGCUAUUAUAAAUAAACUCGCUACCACAGCAGUAGAAUGUCAUGACACUAAGGCUCAGCCAUCAAGUAGUCAGAUGGGGACACAUAAUUUGAUGAUAUUCACAUUUGAUGAGGUAAAGAGAGCUACCAGGAAUUUCCUGCCAUCAGAAUUACUUGGAGUUUCGGAUGGUGCCUCAGUCUAUAAAGGGUGGGUGGAUAGUGCAUCGUAUGAACCAUCAGUGUUAGGUGUGGGGAUAGCCGUCGCGAUCAAGAUUUCAAAUACAAAUAACGCCCGAAGUCGUAAAGAGUGGCAGGCAGAACUAAAGCGGGGAAGGUUUAGCCAUCCCAAUCUUGUUAAACUCUUGGGGUAUAGUUCAGAAGGCAGAAUGUGUGUGCUCGUACACGGAUACAUACCAAACAGAAACUUCCUAGACAUUUUUCACCGCCGUCGAGUUGCAUGGGAUAAAACAAUGAAAAUUGCCAUUGGAGUAGCCAAAGGCCUUGCUUUCUUGCAUACUGACAAGAGGACCCCUCUAUAUAGGACAUUCAAUGCUUCAAAUAUUUUAUUAAAUGAGGAUGAUGAACCACAGCUCUAUUUUGGAUGGGCAUCAUUAUCCCGGGUUCGUGGAUCAUUUUCCACCACUCGUUACAACCCUCCUGAGUACAUGGCUACAGGUUGUUGGUAUGUCAAGAGUGACGUCUAUGCCUUUGGAGUGACGAUGUUGGAUAUGAUAGCAGGGUUAGGGUUUCUGGAUAACAAGCAGUGCUCCUCACCAGAGAGUUUAAUGGAGCGGGCUACACCCAUUUUAUCUGAUAAUUACAUACUGCAAAAAAUCUUCGAGAAGCGGUUGGGACAAGAUAACACUCCAAAUGGAGCAAUCAAAGUAGCUGACCUCAUCCUAAAUUGUCUCAAAAUCGCCCCAAAAAACCGACCUUCAAUGAAAGAAAUUGUGGCUACCUUAGAAGGGAUUAAUGCCAUUGAGAUAAGAUGA